CGUAGUAUACUGAUAAUGUAAUAACGGUGUAUCAAAAUAUUGAUGUUUCUAUUUCAUGAUUCUUUUUAAAAUAUUUUUCGCAGUCUAAAUUACCAUGUCGGAGUCUGUAAGCCAGCAAGUACCAGGGCUAAGUCUUAAUAAAGUGUUUAAAAUCAUAGUUUUAGGCGAUUCGGGCGUCGGUAAAACAUGUCUCACUUAUCGUUUCUGCGAGGGUAAAUUUUUAGAUAAAUCUGAGGCCACUAUCGGUGUCGACUUCAGGGAGCGAAUUGUUCGCAUAAACAAUGAAAACAUAAGGCUACAACUGUGGGACACGGCGGGCCAGGAGCGCUUCCGCAAGUCCAUGGUGCAGCAUUACUAUCGGAAUGUCCAUGCUGUAGUCAUUGUGUAUGAUGUCACCAAACCAGAAACAUUCCAUUCCAUAGCAAGCUGGAUGCUGGAAGUAGAGAGCCACGGGCUCAUGAAGUCGCCCCGGGUGCUGGUGGGCAACAAGUGCGACUGCGGCACGGCCGAGUCGCGUCUCGCCACCACAUACGCGCAGCGGCUUGCCGACAAGUAUGGGAUGCCACUUUUCGAGACAUCAGCUCUUCUGGACGCUGAAUGCGGGACCGUCGAGUCCAUCUUCAUGACGCUGGCUCACAAGUUGUAUUCCAAGCAGCCUCUAAGGGUCAUCAGUGUCCAGGGUGAAAACGGUCCGGGAACAGUGAACCUAGCACGCAAGAAACCGCGGACCACCCUACCCAACGAGAGCUGCCUCUGCAGCUAAACAACAAAUCCAUCCACUACGCUGUUAGACACGUAUGUCUAAUUGGUUCCUUUUUAAA